GUCAUUUCUGGUGGUAAGCAGAUAUAUUUCAUCUUCCAUGGACCGUGCCGACUGGUUGGCUCAGAAUUCUGCUUUGUUAUACAUAGCUUCGCUCUACACUGUUAUGCCCAUACACUGUGGAGUUUGCUGUUCUCAUUCUCCUAUCGUUUUUACGUUUUGAAGCGAACACCACCGAAAAAUAGCGUCGUUGUAGCAAUUAUCCUUGUGAUGUAUUUGCCAUCACUCCUCCAAUUUGUAAGUUGGUUUGUGGAGUGUUUAUGGCAAAUAUCCUAUUGCUUUGCCAACGAAAAGGAGGCCGAAUUGAAAGUACUGAUAAAGGAGAAUUUCGGUUAUGACGUGCGAUCAGAAUGUGUUGGCGGAAUUAAAAAUAUUCUGAGUUGGAGCUCACUCCCAACAACUCUCCAUAUGACAUUACCAGCUGCUCCAAUCUAUAUCGCUAUUCAUGUGAUCAGAAAACUUACCAUUUCCCUGUUGGAUAUGGAAUUGGUCAUGUCAGAGAACAAUCGACGUAUUCAUUCCCAACUUCUUCAGGCCCUCACGGUGCAGGCCUGUUUACCCGUUUUCGUCGUUCUCGCCGCCAUUCUGUACGCAAUUGAACAACUGGAUAUCAUUCGUCAUCCCUUUCUCGAAUAUUCCUGUUUCAUACUGGUCGGUGUGAUUCCUGUGCUCAGUCCUCUUACCUCAUUUCUUUUUAUUCGUCCUUACAAUAUUUGGAUACAAGAGACACUUCUACGCCGCCACAAAGUGUCCACCACCAUCAAAGUUUCGAAAGUUGCUUCAAGUACCAAAAGAAGUGAUCUAAACAUUAUGCUCUAA